GUAAGAGUCAGUAUGAGAUAAUAAAGUGGUGAGUGAGUAAAAGCGAAUACUCUGUUCCAUCACAUUAUAUUAAACAAUUCACCCAUGGAUUCACUGAACAAAAACGGCGCUGAUCAACCACUUUUGUUACCCGGCAAAGGCGCCCACGAAUCUGACGGCGAAUUGGAGAGACUGUUAUCGGACACCACCGUGCCGUACUUCACCCGUGUCUGCUCCGCCACCUGGAUUGAGCUCAGAUUACUGUUCUUCUUAGCUGCUCCAGCUGUCUUCGUUUACCUAAUUAACUAUGUCAUGUCUAUGUCCACACAAAUCUUCUCCGGCCACCUUGGUAACCUUGAACUCGCCGCUGCUUCUCUCGGCAACACCGGAAUUCAAAUCUUUGCUUAUGGCCUCAUGUUAGGAAUGGGGAGUGCGGUUGAGACGCUAUGUGGACAAGCAUUCGGAGCAGAAAAGUUUGAAAUGUUGGGAACAUAUUUACAAAGAUCAACUAUUCUUCUAACUAUAGCUGGUCUAUUUCUCACUGUUAUUUAUGUCUUAAGCGAACCCAUUCUUAUUUUUAUUGGACAAUCUCCAACAAUCGCGUCUGCAGCAGCGGUUUUUGUCUACGGGCUUAUCCCACAAAUAUUCGCUUAUGCGGUUAAUUUUCCAAUUCAGAAAUUUCUUCAAGCACAGAGUAUAAUUUUCCCAAGUGCGUAUAUUUCAGCAGCCACGUUGGUGGUUCAUCUUGUGCUUAGUUAUGUUGUUGUGUAUAAGAUUGGUUUGGGCAUAUUGGGCGCAUCUUUGAUUUUGAGCUUAUCGUGGUGGAUUAUUGUUGUGGCCCAAUUUGUUUAUAUUGUAAAGAGUGACAGGUGUAAGCACACGUGGCGUGGUUUCACUUGGGAUGCGUUUUCCGGCUUGCCUGAGUUUUUUAAGUUGUCGGCGGCUUCAGCUGUUAUGUUAUGCCUUGAGGCUUGGUACUUUCAGAUUUUGGUUUUGUUGGCUGGGCUUCUUCCGGAACCUGAGCUGGCUCUUGAUUCUCUCUCCAUUUGUACCACUGUUAUGGGAUGGGUGUUCAUGAUCUCUGUUGGAUUCAACGCAGCUGCAAGUGUGAGGGUGAGCAACGAACUAGGAGCAAGAAAUCCAAAAUCAGCAUCAUUUUCGGUGAAAGUGGUGACAUUGAUGUCAUUCAUAAUAUCAGCAAUAGCAGCAUUAGUUGUGCUUGUGUUGCGUGAUGUUAUUAGCUAUGUUUUCACUGAAGGUGAAGCUGUCGCUGCUGCUGUCUCUGAUCUAUGUCCACUUCUCUCUCUUUCUCUUCUCCUCAACGGCAUUCAACCCGUUUUAUCUGGGGUGGCUGUUGGGUGUGGAUGGCAAGCUUUUGUUGCUUAUGUGAAUGUCGCUUGUUAUUAUGGAGUUGGCAUACCUUUGGGAGCUGUUCUCGGCUUUUACUUCCAAUUUGGUGCUAAGGGAAUAUGGCUAGGAAUGCUUGGUGGAACUACUAUGCAGACAGUUAUUCUAAUGUGGGUCACAUUUAGAACGGAUUGGAACAAAGAGGUACAAGAAGCAGAUAAGAGGUUGAACAAAUGGGAGGACAAAAAGGAGCCCCUUCUUUUAAACUAGAAAAUUGGAUAACAAUUGUCUUAUGUAGAGGUUAAUAGUAAAAACCUCAUAUGCUAUUUUUAGAUGGAAGCCAAUUAUGAAUUCUUCUAAAAAAUAAGAAAGCAAUUUAGAAUGGUUAAUUAUAUAGAUGAGGUAGCUAGUCACAGAGUUUAUUAGUUUCCUUGUUUGAUUUAAUUUGAGGCAAUGAGUUUCUACUCUUUUUUUAGGCAAACUACUACCAAAAUAUCAUAUCUAUUCUUUUAAUCCAAAUAUUAUCAUA